AUGGGUGGAGCCUGGUUAUUUAUUCUAGCAGUUGUCGCUAACUGUAUCAAUUUGUUUGGUCAAGUACAUUUCACUAUUCUUUAUGCGGAUUUAGAAGCCGAUUACAUUAAUCCAAUUGAACUAUGUUCUAAAGUGAACAGAUUAAUUGUUCCAGAAGCUGGUUUACAUGCUUUAAUUUCAACAUUGAUGUUAUUGAAUGGAUACUGGUUUGUAUUCUUAUUAAAUCUACCAAUUUUAGCUUACAAUUUAAACAAAAUUUACCACAAGACUCAAUUAUUAGAUGCUACUGAAAUUUUCAGAACUUUAGGGAAACAUAAGAGAGAAAGUUUUUUGAAAUUAGGGUUUUAUCUAUUGAUGUUCUUCUUUUACUUGUAUAGAAUGAUCAUGGCUUUGAUUAAUGAAACUGGUAGUGAUUUUUAA